UUGUUUUUGUCUUCUGUAGGUGCUCUGGCAUUUGAUGUGGAAUAUGCAAGGUGGCUAGAGGAGCACAACAGGCAGAUAAAUGAGUUGAGGGCUGCUGUUAAUUCACAUGCGGGUGACACUGAACUUCGUACCGUUAUUGACAAUGUCAUUGCUCACUACGAUGACAUUUUUAGACUGAAGGGUACUGCAGCAAAAGCUGAUGUUUUCCACAUCUUGUCAGGAAUGUGGAAAACACCAGCUGAAAGGUGUUUCAUGUGGAUUGGUGGCUUCCGCUCAUCUGAGCUCCUUAAGCUUCUGGUGAAUCAAUUGGAACCGUUAACUGAGCAGCAAUUGGUGGGUAUUUACAACUUGCAGCAGUCAUCCCAGCAGGCUGAAGAUGCUCUGUCACAAGGGAUGGAGGCAUUGCAGCAAUCCCUUGCUGAAACCUUGGCCAGUGGCUCACCUGGGCCAUCAGGAUCAUCUGGAAAUGUAGCAAACUAUAUGGGUCAAAUGGCCAUGGCCAUGGGAAAGCUAGGAACUCUUGAGGGUUUCCUCCGCCAGGCUGACAAUCUUCGCCAACAAACGCUGCAACAAAUGCAUCGUAUACUGACGACCCGACAAUCAGCUCGUGCACUGCUUGCAAUAAAUGACUAUUUUUCGCGUCUUCGAGCCCUGAGUUCUCUUUGGCUUGCCAGGCCCAGAGAGUGAGGCAUUAGAUUCUUUAUCUGAAGUUGAUCUUUAGGGUCCUACUAGAGCAAUUAUAUGGUUAGAUGAUAGGACUUCUGCUGUUCUCUGGUCUUCGCGGACCUGGUUGAGGUGCAGUGAAGUUGCAUGAUUGUUCAUAGACUCCAUCAAAGUUGUGGUUGUCGCAUAUGGUCAUCUAGAUGAUGUAUUUUAUGUCAAAAAACAGUAGUAUGAAUAAAUCUGAUUAUGCAAGUUAUUUCAUAGAACUGAGAGGGAAUAGAAUAGUGCUAUUGUUGUUGUAGGUUUCAGAUGUCAAUUUGUAUACCAAAAAAUCAGAUGAUGUCAGAGUUGAAGGUUUGCAUUUACUUCUUUAACCGUGUAUAUACAUAUGUUGUCUCUCAAUGUUACUGGCCUACGGU